GAAUUACCUAAGUGGCUGAAAAUAUGUUGUCGACCCGUGCUUGUUGAUCAAGUGCGGUGGCCCUUGACAUGUCAAGGCUUGUGCUGCAGAUUGAGGGCGCAAAUUCAGGUCCUGGACAAGCAAUUCGGCAAGGUCCAGCAGUGGCAGAAGCACGGGAGAACUGGCGCCCUUUUGUUGCUCUUUGCUGUGUUAUUCCCGGGUUCUCAUUUCCCCGAAAAAGCUGGUUUCUGAUCCAUGGAAUGACAUUGUCGCUCGACUAAACAGCACGGGCAGUGCUGCAUUUAGUCACAGCAGCGUGCUAGUCCAAGAGAGAAGCAACUGCAUUGCUGGGACUCCUUUUCCUUUUGGCGCCUGUUCCGAGUAGGAAACAAGGGCUGGCAUCUAGAUUGGACCAUGGAGACCAGCGAGGGGGCCCCCUCGUGGCGGCCCAUGAAACUGGACGAGGAUGCGCACUUCUUUGACUUCAUCGCAUUCUACAAGAAAGUAGAGUUUUGCGACCGAAGCAUUCGGCUGGAGAUUCUGGAAGAGUGUAGGAAGAUUCAUGGAUCGAGAAGCGACGAGGUUUCUGACAUGGAAGGCUGUCAAGGUGAACGAGAAUAGGGACCGAUCAGCGGCCGGGGUUCCUGAGGACAAGGGCGGAGCUUCAGAGGAGGCCUCCAACCCCCUGGGAGAGGCAGUCGAAGGAUCAAAGAAGGACACUGGGACGCGGCAGGGGGACUCGGAGGAGUUUAUGGAGAAAGCUCAGGAAGCAGAGGUGAAGACCGGGGUCGAGAAAGGAGAAGAGGAGGCUUCAGAGAAAGAGGAGGCCGGAUCAGGGAGCUCGGAAGAGCAGCCAGGAGAGGAGGAAAAUUACGAAGAGGCCCUAGGGAUCCUCGAGAACGAGGCAGGAGACUCAGAGGAGGGUCGAGCGGCCUCAGAAGAGGAAGAGGCGUGGGUGGAGGAGAUCCCAGUGAACUCGAUCGUGCUCGCCGCCAAGAGCUGCGUGCUUCGGACGAUGCUGUCCAAUGGGAUGAAGGAGUCGGACAAGAGCGCGCCGGUGGUGCUCAAGGUUACGCCUGAGGAAAAGUUGGCUUUCAAGGAGCUGCUCCAAUUCAUCUACGUCGGCAGUCUGUCCCCCGCAUUCCUGCAACCGGACGCCAGCAUUCGCGCCCUGGUAGACCUGCUCAUCGUGGGUGACAAAUUCGGGGUCGGGUCUCUGAUGGGGGCCGUUCUUACGGCGGUGACCAACCGCAAACGGACAGUUUCGGACGACGUCGUUCUGGCACUAGAAGUUCCGGACGCCCUAGAGCUAUACCCAGAGAUCAAGGCGUUGGUUUCCAAGGCGCGUGCGCAUGUUGUGGAUACCUUCCAAGACGUGGAAACCUGGUCCGAGUCGCUCGAGUUCCUGACACUAGGACAGAACGUGGUCAGCUCCUUGUUACAGUCCGAGGAGCUCGAUGCCGCGUCGGAGGAGGAGAUAUUCUCGGCGGUUUUGGUCUGGGUCAGAAAUAACUUCGAUGGAAUGGCACAGAGGCAAGGGGCCAUGAACGAACUGUCUCAGCACCUGCGGUUUGGCCUCAUGAAGGGGGAGUUUCUGCUGAGGUCAGUGCUACCGCUUUCGGAGAUGGCCCUUCCCGAAACGCAGGAGCGUGUCAGGGCGGGGCUCUACUUCCAGGCGUUUUCGGAUGUUGAGAAGCUGAAGUCGGAAGAUCUUUCCACCCAACCAAGGACUGGUGGUCAAGGCAGACAAGUCGAGAUCUUGUGCAACUUUACUCUAGACGAGGCUGGUGCUCGUCAGAGCUCACCAAGUGCAGUGUGUAUCGGCAAGCGUUGGCAUAUCGACGUACAAAAGGAUCCGAGGCAAGAUCCGCCGACUGUUGGAAUGUUCUUGGUAUCGAGGGGAUUGCCAGGGGACGAGGGCACAAUGCCACCAACCAGGGUGGAUUUUGCAUUGUAUGUCCGCGUUUGGCCGACAGGCUACUGGAAAAACAUAAACAGCGUACCGGCAUACGAGCUCAAAAAUGAGGGAGAGGGUUAUGGUCGAGCCGAUGCACUCAAGAUGUCGUGGGAGGACGCAAGAAAGCCGAGCUGUUAUGUUGGGCCCACAAAUGAAAUCACGGUCAAAGUCCAUAUACGACAGAGAAAGCUGAACGCUGGUAAGGUAGAGGAAAAGAAGUGAGAGAAGAAAUUGUGGAUAAUAGGAGUUCGAGUUAGUAGUAAGUGAGCACAACUCAACCGGUCGUUGGUACUGUGCCGGAGAUCAUUCUGCACCAUCUUUCGUCCGGGCUGUCGCAUGUCACAGGCCCCUUAGUCAAGUGAUUGAAGGCAUAUAAUCGAGUCAAUGCUAAUUAGAAUGAUUACCCUAGAGGCGGAAUUCUUGAUAUGGGC